CAUCUCUAGACUCAAUAAGCGACAGUUCCCCAUCGCUAAUGUGACGAAAAAAAAUUAAUAAAACUUUUUUGAUACUCAUUUUUCCAAGCAUUUUCACCCCCGGCCUUGUUGGUUUCCUUCCCCGUCAAGAUUUCCUCCCGACAGCGACUGGAAGAGUGCUUAAGGAUGACUUUGGUGGGUCUAGCAGCCCGCAAGCUGGCGCAGAAGCAGAGGUCGGCCAAGCUGGCGGCAGCUUUUCCGAACGGGGUCCGGUGUCAGAAGUGCCUCCAGAUGGGCCACUGGAGUUACGAGUGCAAGGAGAAGCGCAAGUUCGUGCACCGCUCCUCGCGGACCAAGCAGCUGAGCAAACACCUGGCCGAAAAGGAGGCACAGGCGGGCAAAGUCGUUCCGGCUGGCCAGGAGGGCGACAACACCCAGGACGCCAGUUCCGCGAGCAGCAAGAAGGCCAGACGCAAGCGGAAGCCCAGUGGGAGUUCCUCCUCGUCAUCUAGUUCGUCAGGCAGUUCAGACAGCAGCAGCGGGUCAGACUCUUCUUCCGCCUCGGACUCAAGCGACUCUAGCUCAGACUCUGAUGACAGCUCAUCGGAAUCCAGUGGUAGCGGUUCCAGCGGCUCCGAAAGCGAGAGCAGUGAGGAUCCGGAUCAGGGGGCGCCCCAGAAAAAGAAAAAACGUGACGAGAGUUCGGCGGACUCCUCAGACGACCAGGAGUAGGAGUUGAGAGCCAAGUCUCGUUUCUAUAGCGCAUAGCUUUAGUAGUUUAGUUCUCCCCCAUUAGCAGUCACCCCAAAAAAAUUGACUUUUAACCGAAUAUAAUUGUAAUAUUACGUAUUAUUUAAGUUCCCCCGUAUGCAUGUAAAUGAGUGAUCUGGCAGAGAAACCUAGCCAGAGUGCUACGAAUAAAGAUUUUAGUCAGUCCGA